CGUCCCUCUAUCGAUACCUCCUCCCUGCAUAAAGAAAUAUUAAUGGAUAAAAAUAUACAUAUAGCAUGCCUAAAUGGCAAUCAGGAGCUUAUAAAUACAUUAAUAUUUGAGGAACCAUCAUGUAUAAAUAGCCGUGAUCAAGAUCAACGAACACCGUUACAUUGGGCGUGUGUUGGAUCACAUAUAGAUAUUGUUUUUUGGCUACUUGAAAGACCAGAUAUUGAGGUUAAUGCAAAAGAUGAAGGGGGUUGGACAGCUCUUCAUAUUUCAGCAUCACUUGGAAAUGAAGCAAUAGUAACAAAGCUUUUAUCGUUAGAAAGGUGUGAUGUGUCAGCAAAGAACCGUGGAGGACAAACAGCAUUACAUUAUGCAGUGAGUAAAAACCAUAUAAAGAUAGCGGAAAAAAUCCUUAAGAAAGCACCAUUUUUAGUAAAUGAGAAAGAUAAUCAACAUCAAAUAGCGCUACAUCGUGCAUCAGCUAUUGGAUCUAUAGCAUUAAUUUAUCUUCUUCUUUCUAGGGGAUCAUCAAUAAAUGCAUUAGAUAUUGGAGGAAAUACACCACUUCAUCAUGCAUUUGAAGAAUGCCACCCAGAAGCUGUUAUUGAAUUAUUAAAACAAGGUGCAGAUCCAUUACAGAAAAAUAAUGAUAAUAAAACCCCAAUAGAAGUCUGUGGUGAUAUAGAUGUCAAGAAGAAAAUAUUGUUAAGGUGUAAAGAUGAAGGAAUAAAAUUAUUAGUUUAG